GUUACAGUCGGUCAUCCAAAUUAAGAUAAUCGCAAAACCCUGCUCCUCUAUUCGUCCGAGACGAAUCGUCUCUCCCACUGACAACAGAUGAAUCUGUCUGCAUCCAUGGCUCUCGCCCGGCAAAACAUCUUCAGCAUGACUUCCCAGUGCGUGAACUUCUGGAGGAGCAUGAGUACGGUUUCGGAGAAGCGAAAUAUAGAGGACCACAAACGCAGAUUGCUUUCUGCUAAAUAUGAAUUGAAGCGAAAGCUUUACAAAGCUCUUCACAGAGAUACCGAUCUUCCUUCUGAGAUCCGAGAGAAAUAUCUCUGUAAGUUGUCUCAGUUGCCAAGAAACAGUUCCUUCACACGAGUAAGAAACCGUUGUAUAUUCACUGGCCGACCUCGUGCCGUAUACGAGAAAUUUCGAAUGUCUCGUAUUGUUUUUCGUAGUUUAGCAUCCCAAGGUCUUUUGAAUGGCAUCAAGAAGGCUUCUUGGUAGACUGAGGUUUGCGGCUUUUUCGCAAGCAAGGUAGAAUCCUUUUAUGGUCGGCUUAUACUUUGAAAGAUCUGAUUCAAUAAUCUCAAUUCGCCCCUUUAUAGAGUUUUUGGGGCUGUCAUACUUUUGAUUUUAUUGUCUAUUUUGGCUCUUUUAACUUUUGUUGCUUCAUAAUACCCAUUAGUAUUGUAUCACAUACUAAAAUUUUUACUCGGAGUCGGGAUUUUUUUUCCGGGUAAAUGGAACAUGAAUUGUGAUUUUAAGUAAUAUCAGAGAUGAGUUUGGAAGUAAAA